GUGGGAGGCUGUGUGUUCUCAUGCGAACGGGAAGGAGCGUUGGGGAUUUGGAGUCUCGAGGUUGAGACAUUUUCGGGCCCGAAAGGGGAAGAAUCCUCUGUCGCCGCCGCCGCCAGCCCGCGCCGCUCCCCACCCUGCCCUCCCCCUCUUUCCCGGUGCCCGCCCGCUCCGCCUCUUCCUUCCCUUUCCCUUCCCCUCCCUUUCCUCUCGCCCCAGUCCCCGCGUGUGGCGCGGUCGCCGGGGGCAGCCAGGGCUGCGGCGGAGGAGCCUGUGGCCGGGGUCAGGCAGUGGCGGCGGCGGCGGCGGCUGUGGCCGGGACGGCGCUGACAGGAAACAGAUCUUCUGUCUCUCCUGGGUGCUCCACCUCAAGGCAUAAAGCAGCAUCCUAAGGUUAACAUUAAACUUCUCUCAGUGGAGCCAAGAAGUAAACAGCUCAUGACUUCUGAUCAGGACACUAAAGUUGUGGCUGAACCGCAGGUGCAGCAAGUACAGGAAGUGAAAGACAGUUCUCAUCUGAUGAAUGGUCCUAUAUCUCAGAACUCUUCUGAGACAAAUUCCAUCCCAGCUUUAAGUCAGGGACCAUCAACCAAGGUUUCAGAGUUAAACCCUAAUGCAAAAGUAUGGGGGAAUCAUAUGUUACAUUUGGAAGCAAGUAAUUCAACUGAUGGUAGUGUGAGUAAAACUUGGGAAGAAAUACCUGACCAUUCUCCUGACUGCUGCAAAGAGGGAUUGGAUGCCAAUGGUCAUGGUGACAAAAGUCAUGAGAAUGCAGCAAUAUCAGAUUUACAGGAGUCAGGCCAAACAGAAAUGAACACUUUGUCUCUGGAGCACUCAGAGUAUGAAUCUCGGCCUGACGAUAGUGAAGCAGGAGGAAAUGAAUCUCAAUCAGAAAGCCAGGAAGACCCACGAGAAGUACUUAAAAAAACUUUGGAAUUCUGCUUAUCUAGGGAGAAUCUUGCUAGUGAUAUGUACCUUAUAUCACAGAUGGAUAGUGAUCAGUAUGUGCCAAUUACAACGGUAGCUAACCUUGACCAUAUCAAGAAACUCAGUACUGAUGUGGAUUUGAUUGUUGAAGUGCUAAGAUCAUUACCUUUAGUUCAAGUGGAUGAAAAGGGAGAAAAAGUAAGGCCAAAUCAAAAUCGUUGCAUAGUAAUAUUGCGUGAAAUAUCUGAAUCUACCCCUGUAGAAGAAGUAGAAGCACUAUUCAAAGGAGAUAAUUUACCGAAAUUUAUAAACUGUGAAUUUGCCUAUAAUGAUAAUUGGUUUAUUACAUUUGAAACAGAAGCUGAUGCACAACAGGCUUACAAAUACCUACGAGAAGAAGUAAAAACUUUCCAAGGAAAGCCAAUUAAGGCACGAAUAAAAGCAAAGGCAAUAGCUAUAAACACAUUUUUGCCAAAGAAUGGAUUUAGACCUCUGGACAUGAACCUGUAUACACAGCAGCGUUAUACAACAUCAUUUUAUUUACCUCCAGUAUAUAGUCCCCAGCAGCAGUUUCCUCUCUACAGCUUAAUUACCCCGCAGACAUGGUCAACACAUAGCUAUCUUGAUCCAUCCUUGGUAACUCCAUUUCCAAAUACUGGAUUUAUAAAUGGGUUUACGUCUCCAACCUUCAAACCUGCAGCAUCUCCUCUGACUUCACUCAGACAGUAUCCUCCUAGAAGCAGGAAUCCUAGUAAAUCACAUCUGCGCCAUACAAUUCCUAGUGCAGAGAGAGGACCUGGAUUAUUAGAAAGUCCCUCAAUAUUUAACUUCACUGCUGAUCGAUUAAUUAAUGGUGUCCGGAGCACUCAAACAAGGCAAACAGGUCAAACUAGAACACGGAUACAAAACCCUUCAAAUUAUGCCAAGAGAGAUAUUGGAACUGGGAGAGUGGAACAGAGUAGUCUUGAAUCAUCUCCUGGUUUAGGUAGAGGAAGGAAAAAUUCUUUUGGCUAUCGUAAGAAAAGGGAGGACAAGUUUACAAGGAGUCAAACUCAGUCUCCAACGCCACCAAAGCCUCCAUCCCCUAGCUUUGAAUUAGGGUUAUCCAACUUUCCUCCUUUGCCUGGAGCUGCAGGCAAUUUGAAGACAGAGGAUUUAUUUGAAAACAGACUAUCUAGCUUGAUAAUAGGAUCAUCAAAAGAAAGGAAUCUCAUUGUGGAUGCAAGUACAAACACUAUUCCUGCAGUAAUCCCUAGAGAGCCUUCACUGCCAGUUUCUUGUGCUGUAUCAGCAACAUAUGAAAGAUCUCCUUCCCCACCCCGUUUACCUGAGGAUUCCAAGGUUGUAGAAAAGCAGAGGGAAACACAAAGUAUGGAAAGGCUUUCUUCUACCCUUACUACUACUGCUUGCAAAUCAGUGCAAGUUAACGGAGCUGCCACAGAAUUGCGAAAACCUAGCUACGCAGAGAUCUGUCAGAGAACAAGUAAAGAGCCUCCUUCUUCCCCAUUGCAACCCCCAAAAGAACAAAAGCCAAAUACUGUCAGUUGUGCAAAAGAAGAAAAGAAGCCCACUGAACCAUUGGAGAGAUACAGAGAACCCCCUCCUCUGAAGUCAAAUCCAGGACAACCCAAAGAUCAGAGAAGGCAGUUGGGACGCAGAUCCUCUCCUCCAGCCAUUGGGAAGCGUUUAAAUCGAGAACAGAACACACCUCCAAAGUCUCCUCAGUGAAAAUCAUACGUUUGGCAGGGUUUGCAAAAGAAUUCUAUUGAACCACAAAUGAACACUGUCCCCACUCAGUACAGAGAAUGAGUUGCUGAUUAGGAGCUUGCAGUGUAUGUGAGGCAUAUGAAAUACCUACAAGUUAUUUUUCUUCUGUGAGUUGAUUUCUCUCUCUCGGGAAAAAAAAAAAUGAUUUUUCAGGAUUUAAUUGAUAUAAACCUUUUUUUAGGUUGGUGCUUAACUGGAGGUGAUGCAUAUGUCUGGGGUUUUUUUUUGUUUUUGUUUUUGUUUUUGUUUUUCCAGGAUAGAAAAUGCAUUUGUCCUAGCAAAUUGAUGUUUUUUUAUUAAGCCUUCAUGUGGCUAUGAAUGCAAGCUAUGCAUAGUGAGUUUUUCUAAAUUAAGCAGAACUAUGCUACUACUUUUUUUUUCUUUUUUUUUUUUAAUUGGUCUGCAAGUCUUUAAAAAUGUCAAAGCAGACUGAUGAGGGCUGAGGACAAUUAGUACUAGUGUACAAGAUUACACUGGUAAAUACAACCUUUAAAAAGGGGUAAAUAUUAUUAGAUUGUUUUGACACACUGGCAUAGGAACUUGUACUUUUCAUUUAAACUGCUAACAGGAGGUUUUAGUCUUGUUUUUUAAAAUAUGUAAUCCUUUUUUGGUCUUUGGGCAAAAUGGACCUGCAGAAAGCACCAUAGAGAGGUCUUCUGAAACAUUUUAGUUUUGAUGUACUGCAAGCAAGUAACCAGCUUCUCACUCCAGUUUAAAAUGGCUAUUAUGUAAAAUAAAUUCAAAGCACAUUGUGAAUAGGAUUUAAAUGAAAAUAUAAACUUUCUUGCCCAUUGACAUGUUACCACAAAAUUGUACCAUAACGUCAUUUUAAUAACUUGAGAGUUGGCACACUUUUUGUGCUGGUAAGGAAGAUGAAGAAGUCCCCAUUUACUUUGUGGUUUCCCCUACCUAGUGCUCACGCUGUAUGUAGAUUUAUGUCAACAUUUCCCCCAAGUACUCUUUGAAAGAGUCCAUAUUUUAGUCAGCUCUACGUUGACGUCUUCCUGUACCUCUGUAUUGGCACAUGGAUUUAAAAGCUAUUUAAUCGUGAAAGAAUGGUGUUUGUGGUCGCCCCCAACUCCCACCUUUCAGUGGUGGAGGAUGAAAAUCCUGGCUCUCUUUACCUCCAAGAUGAGGUUUCUCAUUGAUUCACUUCUAGAAGUGUUACACUUCUAAAGGACGAGGAUGCACUAAAUUUAGCAAGUUUCUAAUAAAGUUAAAUAUAAAUUAUUUUUGUUUUAAAAUGCCUAAAUUUUUUCUUUAAGUAUUCUAAGUAGCAAACAUUAAAAUAAGAUUUCCUGCUAAAUGUAACCAUACAGUUUAUUCCACAAAAUGUUAUUUAACAAGACUGAGUUUUUUUUUAAAGAAAAUUAUUUCCAUCCAAUAUUUAAAGACUUGAAUUUUAUUUAAACUUGAAAAUGACUUUGCCUUAACUUUUGUAUAAGACAGCUUAGAGUUAAUGGAGCCCGGCCCCCUGGGUUGGCAUGAGUGGAUUACAGAGUUACUCAGUGACUGUGCAGAUCUGUUGUCUCUAGUUUUACUGAGUAAGCAUACUGUAGUACAAGAACUAGCAGUAGUUUUUGUAAUAUACCUUAAAGAUCUUAAACAGUUGAUCUUUUUUCAGAUUGUUGAAAAUCCUGUAAAUGCAAAUAGUCAAUACUGUAUUAAAUAUGUGCACUUGGAAGUGUGGCUUUGCCUGUACAGUUGUAAAUAAUCAGAACAUAUUGAAAAGGUACCCUGAAGAGAAAAAUCAGAUAAAAAUUAUUGAUAUAUUAUAAAUGUUGAUGUUGAGCUGGAUGUAGAUAAACUAAAUGUUGUGGUUUGAAUUUUAUUUUAAUUUGUUGACUCUUUUUUCUUUUUCUCUUAUACUUUGGUGUGUUGAACUGAUUCUGCCUCUUCACUGCAAAAGGGAAAUGGAAAGUCUUAUUAAAAGCCUUCAAAUAUUUGUUUCCAUACUCUCUUAAAAAGUAUGUAUUUUAUCUAAUUUGAAAAGGUUUUGAAGUAUAAUGUGGAAACCAGUAACUGGUGCUAUUUUCAGGUGAAAGUAAAGAGCAUCAUUUAUCUUGCCAGAGGAAUACACGGCUGCUACAUUUGGCCAUUUCAUUCAGACUAGUUGUCAUUAUACAAUUACUUAGAAAUACAUACAGUGGUAAUAUUUUUCAAAUGCCUGUAAAAGGAAUAUGGUGAUUUAUUUCUUUGUCGUUGUCAAAUCGUUAGCUAAAAAAUCAGAAAUAAUUGACCUUUCUAACCCAAAGUAAUGAACACUAUAAAAAGAGUUGGAAAGGCAAACUCUUAAGAUCUAGUGAAUCCUUAAUAUUGUAAUCUUUGUAGAGGAGGAAACGAGAUGUUGUCAGGCAUCUUCAUGACCAAAAUUACAAACUCUAUUGAGCCAAGUCUUUGGUUUUUAAUAAUGAUAAAUCCUUUCCCCUGAAGGCAGUGAAUAUUGCAGCUUGAUUUGUAUAUGGUUAAAGCCAACUGUAGUUAUUUGCUUUGUUUGUCAGCUGAAAGUUUAAAUCUCAACAGCUGCAAACAGGAAAAUAAAAGGUCAUCACUUACAAUAACAACAGUGUACAGCUAGUCAUUAUAGUGAACUGGUACAUUAUAAGAUAAUAUAUUGAGACCAGCAGGGUGUGUUGUGCUGUUCUAAUGUAUUCUGCUGCCAUUUGUACUAGGUCAAUACACUGUAGUUACUGCUUACCCAGCAACAGUCUAUUGCAUCAAGAGUUGAAACCUUGCUCUGAUGUGAUUUUUUAUAUUCUUUUUAAUUAAGUAAAGAUUAUAUGCCAAAUAGUAACUGUUUAAUGUCCAAAACAAACAAACAAAAAACUUCCUGAUAUUACUUUGAGAUUUUUCCAGUCAGACAAAAAUGGGAGUAAUCACAAUAGAAAGCUGUGAUGGUGCAUGCAGGCUGUUGCUAUGUUACACACAGGUAAUAUGAAUCUUUCAUAAAUUUUUUAAAUUUUUCUUUCCUUUCCCCCAGCAGUAUCUCAAGUUGUAGAAGCAGAGAUACAGCAAUCACAAAUAACAUUUUAACUUGUAAAAUUGUGUGAUGAUACUUACCAUUUGGAAAUAUAAGAUCUGGCCCUGUUUCACCAGAAAUGAAUUUAAAGUAGAAUAGUUGCUUUUUAAGAGUUAAUGUCAUGAUGUUUUUGAUCAGUCCUUCCCAUAAUUGCAUCACUGUUUGUCACUAGCGGGUGGCAAAAAAAACUUCUUAUGUUGCUGUAUUUGUCAAGAUUUCUGCAGUUUACAUUUAAAAACUGGUUCACUUUAUCACAAGGGCAACAGGUGACUAAUGGUGCAUACCUCUCUUUAUAUUUCCCUUCAGCUAGCUAUAGUUAAGGAUUUUAUGUGCUUUGUAACCUAUUACACUGAAAGCAGCAGACAAUCGAAGAUUGAAGGGGAGUGCUAUCAGCUGCCAAUUCACAAAAUGGGAGUGUAAUGUGGAAUUUUUUGAGGGUUUUUGUUUUUGUUCUACUUCUUUUCAUUAAGACUGGAAUCAAGCUUACAUGUAAACUAUUGGUAAUUUAAGUUUCCUUUUGUGUCAUUCAGUGUAAAACUGUCUAAUUUGAAAACAAAUGUAGGUUAUGAAAAAUAAAGAUUUAGGCACUGUUCAGUUUUUCUUUUGAUUUUGUUUAAUUAAAAUUUUCUUCAAGACUGCAUCUUCUAAAAAAAUACUUUGUCUCAUCAGUGUACAUGAGAAUGGAAAAUGGGUUGCCUCAAACUUGUUUGAAUUAUAAAGGCUCCUCAGCAUACAUGUACGUUGACUAUAGCAUAAGCGACUUUCCCCAGUUGGCUUGAUAUUUUAAGGUAUUGCGAGUAAGCAUUCCAAUCAAGUAUUCAUGAGAAAAGUCCAUUAAAUCCAAGAUUUACUACAAAAUAAAA